AAUAUCGGUCAUUUGUGACAAAACUUCAAGCUUGGCUCUUCUUCUCGUCUUCAUUCAUGGCCGGCGAUGCCGGCUCUGAGGUCUUCUUCUCCAAUCCCUUCUCCCUCUCUAUAGAUAGCAGUGAAUAGGAGCUAGGUUUGCCGGAAUUGGAUCUCUCUUGGUGUUGGAGAUCAUCGCCAUGGAUGAGCAACAGCGAGAAGAUACUGCUCCACUGGUGGCUGUGGAUGAAGAGCUUGGAUCGCCAUCGGAGGUGAAGCCGCUCAAGAACCAUGCUAGGGAUGCCCAUAUUCUUAGUAUUGCCUUCUUGUUCAUCUUCUCGGCUUAUCAGGCGGCGCAGAACCUUGAAAGCACUGUCAAUACGGAAGGGGAUCUCGGGACGACUUCGAUGGGGAUUUUGUAUAUCAGCUUUACUCUUUUCUCGCUUGUGGCGUCACCGAUUGUCAGAGGAUUGGGAUCAAAGAAAGCUCUUGUUCUUGGGACUAGUGGUUAUUUGUUGUUUAUUGCUUCCAAUUUGAAGCCUUCUUGGUAUACGAUGGUGCCAGCUUCUGUUUAUCUUGGCUUUUCUGCGUCAAUAAUAUGGGUUGGGCAGGGCACUUAUCUCACUUCUGCAGCACGAAGCCAUGCAAAUGACUCCCAUCUUCAUGAAGGCACUGUCAUUGGUGACUUCAAUGGAGAAUUUUGGGGGAUGUUUGCGAGUACCCAGGUUAUUGGCAAUUUGAUUUCACUUGCUCUGUUGAAAAAUGGAAAGGAAGGGGGCAGUGUUAACGGCACGAGCUUAUUAUUUACUGUCUUCCUUGGCUGUAUGAUUUUGGGCAUCAUACUCAUGUUAUUCCUUUCUAGAAGAGAUGACAAAGAGGAAGGUUUACCAACACAGCAACAAUCUUUUGGAUCCCUGCUGAAGUCCAUUAUUGCCCCUUUAAUGGAAAUACGGGUGCUGUUGCUGAUUCCACUCAUUGGAUAUUCCGGUUUACAACAAGCCUUUAUAUGGUCUGAAUUUACAAAGCAUGUUGUAACACCAGCACUUGGUGUCUCUGGCGUAGGUGGGGCAAUGGCUCUUUAUGGGGCUGCUGAUGCUACUUGUUCACUGGUUGCUGGCCGGCUUACAUCUGGCAUCUCUUCAAUCACUUUGAUUGUCUCCAGUGGAGCAAUUCUUCAAACCUUUGGCCUUCUAUGGCUUCUAUUUGGUACCAGUACAACUACUGGAACAAUUGGCUUUGUAUAUCCACUUCUCAUGGCUGCCUUAUGGGGUGUAGGCGAUGGGGUGUUCAACACACAACUCAAUGCAUUAGUCGGUAUCCUCUUCAAGCACGAAACGGAAUCCGCCUUUGCACAAAUGAAGGUCUGGCAGAGUGCGUCGACCGCAGUGGUGUGCUUCUUGACUCCAUACAUAACAUUUCAGGCGAUGUUAAUUCUAAUGCUCGUCGCCCUCUUCGUCGCAGUAUCUGGAUUCUUUUAUCUUGUCAUCUUUGUAGAAAAAUCCUUCUUCCAAGGACAUUGAUAAUGUAAGCUGUUCUUUGUUUUUUUGUUUUUUUAGUCCAAGCACGUUAUUGUUAUUUUCAAACACUUCUUAUUCCGUUCAAACUUUUAAUUUAUUUUGAUCUUUUAAA